GAAAAAAAUUUAAGAAGGGCGAGAAUACAAGCCACUACGUACUAUAAAUUUGCAAAAUUGUCGGUAGAAUCACUCAUUGGUCUAAUUAAAACAUUUACUUUGAUUUCUCUCUCUAUAUAUAACAUGGUGACAGUCAAACUUCCUUUAUCUAUGCUUCUCUUAUUUCUUCUACUCAAUAUUUUUCAAUGCUCAGCUGAAAUCCUAUACAUUCCAGUCACUAAAGAAGCAUCAACCCUACAACACAUUAUAGAAGUAGGCCAAAGAACUCCUUUAGUCCCCAUAAAACUCUUAGUCCAUCUUGGUGGUAGAAGCUUAUGGGUGGACUGUACCAAUAGUUCAUCUUACAAAAGUUCAACUUACAAAUCAGCUGUAUGUAAUUCAACACAAUGCUUUAUGUCAAAGUCUCAUGGCUGUGGAAACUGCAAAUUCAGAUCUCAACUGCAGCCUGGAUGCAACAACAAUACUUGUUACAUUUGGGGUGAAAAUCCCUUGAUUAAUACUUAUAUAGAUCAUGCAGAAGUGGCUGAGGAUGUAUUGACCAUUGGUUCUACUCCUGGCGUUCGUGUAACUUGGCCAAGGUUUAUUUUCACUUGCCUUAUUGAUCCCGAUAUGGUGAGACUCCUUGCAAAUGGAGUCACAGGAACCGCAGGUUUUGGACACGAAAGUCUAAUUUCCAUUCCCAAUCAACUUGCAUUAGACCCUAGAUUUACCAGGACAUUCGGUAUGUGCUUGAGCUCAUCUACAAGAUCUCGUGGGGUUAUCUUUAUCGGUUCUGGCCCAUAUAAUGUUUACAAACCUAAGAAAGUCGACAUCCCCAAGGAUAUCGUCUACACCAAACUAAUUACAAAUAAGAGAGGAUUUCUACUAUCUGACGAGUACUAUUUUCAAAUUUCAUCCAUCCGAGUCGCGGGGCAAGACGUGCCACUAAAUAAAACAUUGUUAUCUAUUAAUAAUAAAGAACAUGGAACAGGUGGGACAAAAAUCAGCACUGCUAUGCCUUUCACAAUUUUGCACACUACCUAUUAUGAUGUUGUUAAAACUGCUUUCAUCAAGGCGCUUCCGAAGAAUGUGACACUUGUAGAGCCUCCACCUAUGAGUCAAUUUGGAGAUUGCUUUAGCUCCGAAAACAUUAAAAACUCCAAUGUAGGACCAGAUGUUCCUGUAAUAGACAUUGUCUUGUACAAGCCGAGUGCGUUUUGGAGGAUUUAUGGUGCAAAUUCAGUGGUACAAGUUACUAAGGACGUUAUGUGUUUAGCGUUUGUGAGACAAGACCAAAGAUGGAAUCCAACGAUUGUCAUAGGAGCGCAUCAAUUGGAAGAGAACCUCUUGGUAUUUGACCUUCCAAGAAAGAAAAUAGGUUUCGGAUCCUCACUCAAGCUCCAACAAGCAUCAUGCUCUAUGUAUGAUAAUACCAUUAUGAGCUAAUACCAUUCUAGUCUAGCCCCUCUAUUCUACGUAAUUUCCUAUUUCUUAUAGUAAUAAGUUUCAGGUACUUUUACAUAAAUAUGGUCACUCCUACUAUGUAUGUUAUGUCUGCACAAGUGCUUCAAUCAGCUCAACUACUGCAGCCCACUUGUUAAAUUUGAAAUGAUUAUUGUAUUUUAGGAUUCUAUUUUAU